ACAGCCAGAGACGCCGCGGCGACGAGAGCGCCGGCUGAGAAAGAAAGCGAGAUGGAGGAGAGAGAGAGAGAAAGAGGAUGAAAUAAAUAUAGAUAGAGAAGAUAGGGAAAGGAUCGAAGAAAGAGUGAGAGUAAGAGAGAGAUAGAAAGAAAGGAGAGUAAAUGAAAUAUAGACGAGAGUGAGAUAGAAGAGAGCAAGGAGGAUGAUAGAAAGAGAAGGCAGGAAAGGAGAGAGAGAGCGAGAGAGAAAACGGAAAUAGAGAGAGAGGGAGAGAUGAGAGAGACGAGGGAGGAGAGCGAGGGGUGGGAGAAAAGAGAGCCAAUGAAGAGGAGAUAGAGAGAAAGAGAGAUAGAGAUAUCGAGAGAAACGAGAGGGAGUAAAUAGAGCAGCGAUGAGAGAGAGAGAGAGCGAGAACGGAGAGAGAUAGAGAGAGCAGAAAGAGAGUAGAGAGAGAGAGAGAUGAGAAAAAGAUAAAGGGAGGGGAAGGAGGAGAGAGGGAGAGGAAAAGAAAAAGAGAAGAGGAGAUGAGAAGGGAGUAAGCGAGAGAACGAGAGAGAAGACGAGCGAGAGUAGAAAGAGAGAGAGCGAGACAGGAUAAACGGAGAGAGAAGAGCAAAGAAGAGAGACUAUGACAGACGAGUGGAGCAGAUAGAGAGGCACGAGAGGAGCAGGAAUGGUUGUGAGGGGAGUGCGGAGUAGAGAGCAGGAAAAAAGAGAGGAGGAUGAGGAGAAAGAAAAAGAGCGAGAGAGAGAGAGAGAGAGAGUAGAGAGAGAGAGAGAGAGAGAGAAAGAGAGAGAGAGCGAAAGAACAAGAAGAGCGAGAGAUAGAGAGAGAAGAGAUAUAGACUAGCUAUAUGUAUAACUCUAUUCUCAUAUCGUAACGAAACCGAUAUAUAUAUAUAGAUAUAAAUAUAUCUUAGAGAUCUAUCUCGAUAUAAGAGAGAGAAUAUAGAUAUAUUAUAUAUAUCAUACUCUAAAUAACCAAUCUAUAUAUAUAUAUAUAUAGAACUAAAAAUAUAUAUCUACUAUAUCUCUAUAGAUAUAGCUCUAGCUAUAUAUCUCUCUCUAUACCUACCAUAUAUACUCUUAUCCACGCUCUAUCUAUAUGAUAUAUCUCUAUCAUCUCUCUCUAUAUCCUACAUCUAUAUGUAGGGUGAGUUGAGGGGAGGAGAGGAUGUCGUGGAUAUUCCGUAUUAACCUGGUAGCAGCUCUAUUCUCCGCUCCGGCCUUCCCUGCUGCCAUCGGCUCCAUGAAGACGUUCUGUAGACCUCUACUGCCCUCCUCCUCCACCCGGCUAAGCCAGGUACACACACACACAAACACACACAAACAUUAGCUCAUGUGUGUGUGUGUUCAUACAAUCACACACAUGCACGAUGCACACACACAUUCUCUCACACAUUCGGUACACACACAGCCACAAAUAUAGCAUAGUGCACCCUAAAUUGAUUGUGUUAUGUGAUUGGCUGUUACUGGUACCUGCUGGUUGAUGAGUUGCUGUGAUUGGUGCAGGAGGAUCAGCUGCAGUCUCACGAGGGGAAGCUGAAGCAGAUGAGUGUGGAGGUGGAGGAGCACAGGAAGAGCCCGCCCUCGCCUUCUCCCAAGAGCAGAGAGUGGGAGGAGUACCGAAUCAAAGAGCACUACCUCAUAUAUGAGGUGAGAGAGUGAGAGAGGGAGAGAGGGAGAGAGAGAGAGAGAGAGAGAGAGGGAGAGAGUGAGAGAGGGAGAGGGAGAGAAGGCUACAGGUCUUCUGGCCGACACACCUUUGCGUAAUAUGUAUAGUUUAUCUUAAAGGAGACGUUGCAUCUCUCUCUCUCUCUCUCUCUCUCUCUCUCUCUCUCUCUCUCUCUCUCUCUCUCUCUCUCUCUCUCUCUCUCUCUCUCUCUCUCUCUCUCUCUCUCUCUCUCUGCAUAGGUCUGGGUAAAUUUCAAAUAGAUGUGCUGUUGUUGUGUUGUUGCGUUAUAGUUGUGACAGAAUCACAAUAUCAAUGUCCUAUAUCCCCAUCAUGAGUUCAUUUGUCAUGAAUCCUCUUACUCUCUGUAGGGGAGCAUUGUGUAAUAGCUGUGUUAAAUGAGUCUGAUAUAUGCAUAUUUAUAGUCACAUUAUCUUCAUUCCCCCUCUCUCUCCAUUGCAGAAGAGUCGGUACGAGACGUACAUCAACCUGCUCCAGGCCAAGAUGAGGGCAGAGACAGAUGACCUGGAGAAGAUAGAGGCUAGCGUGAUGAGCGGGAUCGGGGAGGGCCGAGGAGGGCGCGAGGGCUACCUCCGGAAGACCCAGUCCUCUCCUUCCAUCAGCCAGCACGGUCUCAACAGCAGGGCUUCUGGACGCACUGGCCCUGGCCAGCAGAGUUGA